AACGUCAAAAUCAGUCGGUCGCCGAAAGCGGCGCGGCACGGUGUCGCUUAAACUAAUAAAUAAACGAUUAUGGUGUAUUUUCCGGUGCGCAAGUGCUACCAAGCGGCCAAGUUAGUGCUGUUGGUGCUUUUAGUGAUUACAAUAUUAGCCUUGUUUGAGCAAUGGCGAGGCGGCAAGAAAAAUACGCUGGCGGAGUAUUCGGACCCUCUUGAAGCUGAAUACGAGAGACAGAUCUUGGAAGAUGAGUCCAGGAUCAUCCCGGGGCUGGGCGAGGGUGGCGCGGCGGCACAUCUCAUCGGCGAGGAGAAGAAGCGCGGCGAGGAGUCAGAGAAGAAGCUCGCUAUUAACGUGUACCUCAGCGACAGGAUCCCCUACAACAGAACGCUUAAAGAUUUCCGCAACCCCGCAUGCAAGCGCGUGACAUACGACGCGGAGCUGCCGUCGGCGUCGGUAAUCCUGAUCUUCCACAACGAGCCGUACUCCGUGGUGGUGCGCACCAUCUGGAGCGUGGUGAACUCCGCGCGCCGCGACCAGCCCUGGUACAGCCGCGCCAACUUCAUCGACAGGAACACUGGACGGCAGACUGUCGCGGGCUACCCGGGCCAGGACCCGAACUCUCCGUUCGUGUACCUGAAGGAGAUCAUCCUGGUGGACGACAACUCGACGCUGCCGGAGCUGAAGGGGAAGCUCUCCCACUACGUGCGCACGCGCCUGCCGCCCGACCUCAUCCGCAUCCUGCGCCUGCCCGACCGCGUGGGGCUGACGCGCGCGCGGCUGGCGGGCGCGCGCUACGCGGCCGGCGACGUGCUGGUGUUCCUGGACUCGCACUGCGAGGCGCAGCCCGACUGGCUGCGGCCGCUGCUGCAGACCAUCAAGGACGACCCCCACGCCGUCGUCGUGCCCAUCAUUGACGUCAUCGAGUCCAACAAUUUCUUCUACAGCGUGCUCGACACCAGCGUCUUUCAGGUGGGGGGGUUCUCGUUCAUGGGCCACUUCACGUGGACGGAUGUGCCUGAACGAGAGAAGAAGCGGAGAGGAUCUGAUAUUGCGCCUACAUGGUCUCCCACGAUGGCGGGCGGGUUGUUCGCGAUCAGCCGCUCGUACUUCUGGGAGCUGGGCGCCUACGACGAGCAGAUGGGCGGCUGGGGCGGAGAGAACCUCGAGAUGUCCUUCCGGAUAUGGCAGUGCGGAGGCACACUAGAAACCAUCCCUUGCUCUCGCGUGGGUCACGUGUUCCGCAGCUUCCAUCCGUACGGCAUGCCCGCUCAUAUGGAUACACACGGAAUAAACACGGCGCGGAUGGCGGAGGUGUGGAUGGACGAGUACGCUGAACUGUUCUACCUGCACAGACCCGACCUCAGGAACAACCCGAAGAUAGGCGACGUGACGCACCGCAAGAUCCUCCGCGAGAAGCUGAAGUGCAAGAGCUUCCAGUGGUACCUCGACAACAUCUACAAGGAGAAGUUCGUGCCCGUGCGCGACGUCUACGGAUACGGCAGGUUCAAGAACGAAGCCACACAGAUGUGCAUCGAUACACUUCAGCGCGAGGCGGAGGCGUCGCCACUGGGCUGCUACCCGUGCCACCCCGACCUGCAGGCCACGCAGUACUUCUCCUUCUCCCUCGCGGGCGAGCUACGCGACGAGUUCAACUGCGCCACUGUGCAGCCGGCCAGGAUGUCAGCGGACGAGCGUUCGUCGGAAGCAUCCCGCGCGGUGGUGAUGACGCCGUGCCACGGGCUGGGGCGCGAGCAGAAGUGGCGGCGCCUCAGCAGCGGCCAGCUGCAGCACGCGGGCUCGCGCCUGUGCCUGGCCGCGCCGCCCGACGUGGGCGACGUGCGCGCGGCGCCCUGCCGGCCCGACGCGGCGGACCAGUACUGGACCAUCGAUUAUACGGAGGAUAAUAACUUUCAUGCUAAUGAAUUGAGGUUCGGUCCUGAACGAGAGAAGAGGCUGAACAGACUGCGAGGACAACGUCGCAUCUCGCGCUCGCUGCUGUCGUACGGCGGCGCCGACAACAUGCUGGAGGACACGCGCCGCCAGGACGGCGACAACGCCACCGUCCGGCGACACUCGCACAAGAGCAAGCACCGCAAGCGUCACGGGCGCAAGCGCAGCCGCUCGAGCAAGAAGCGCACGAAGAACAAGUUCAUCCUGAAGAUCAUGCGCACGCUGAUGAACGGCACCGAGGAGCACCUGGAGGUGGACAUCCACUGCAAGCACCGCCAGCUCUUCCCCAACAACAGCUUCGUGCGUGACCUCGUCACCAUACUCAACGAUAAGAACGUCAAGGUGGUGAACAACGGGCGCGUGUUCGAACGCAACAAGGUGACGGAGCUGGAGGCGGCGCAGUCCCACAAGGUGCUCAACAAGAUGGACAUCGACCCCCCCGCGCAGCCCCCGCCCGCCCCCGCGCCGCCCGACCAGCCCCUCGCGCCCGUCGGCGUCGCCGCCAUGCGGGAGGGGAUCUUCCACCAGAUCAAGCAGCGCAUGAAGAAGCAGAAGCCGGGCGUGCAGUCCGUGCAGUCCGUCAUCUCGCGCGAGCUGCUGGGCGGGGCCGGGGGCGGGGCCGGGGGCGGGGCGGGGGCGGGGCGCGUGGAGCUGGCGCCGCCCCCCGCCCCGCCCAGCGCCCGCGACGCGCACUCGCGGGGGGCGCAGCGUGAUGCGGAGAAGAAGAUCAUCAUUGAAGACUUUGUCGAGGUGAAAAGACUGACAGCCACUACUAUGCAGCCGCCGAACAAGGUACAUUCAAUUUUAAGCAGUGCGCAUGAAAACUGGUGGUUCAGAAUCAACAACACAAAACAAAUCUGUAUCAUCAGCAAAUAUGUUUUUUUUUUUCAUAUUUUUAUCGUCCCUACAAUCAGCAAUAUGCAUAAAUUGACAAAGUUUGCGCACCGAAUAAAGCAAAGCUGUCUAGUUAUGUUUGCGAAGUUAGUUCAAUUGUCAUUGACAACUCGUAUGCGCAAACGCAAACGCAAGCGUGUCCGCGGCGGCGUGACGCCCGCGCUGGCGGCGCCGCCCUCCCCCGCGCCCCCCGCCCCGCCCGCCCCGCCCGCCCCGCCCGCCGCCACCGCGCUCAGGGAGGGGAUCAGAGAUGACAAGUCUGGUGGUCAGGAGUCGGAGGGCGAGUCGGGCGAGGACGCGCCGCUGAUGGACGACAGCAUGGACCGCUCCGCCGGACGAGAGGACUGGCCCAUCGGUGAGUCCCGCUUCCGUCGCACGAACACGCACGGCGGCUACCCGCACGCCGCUGAGCACGCGGCCCCGCACGCCGCUGAGCACGCGGCCCCGCACGCCGCUGAGCACGCGGCCCCGCACGUGCACAGCCUCGGGUGUCAACACCACGCGCCCAGCAGGAAGGACAUCGACGUCGAGUACAUGCCCGAUGACCAGGGUACCGGUAUGUACCGGAACAACGGCAGCGGCGAGGUGGCGCCCGUGAAGGUCGUGAUGAGGAGCAACCUCACCUUCAACCUCGGAGACGAGUUCUUCAACUGGAGGAACCGGAACUCCCCCAUCACCGAUGACAUUGUUAACGAGUUCCUGGGCGACCUGACCAUCCCGAGCAACAGCAGCGAGCCGCGCGACACGCACGAUGCUCGCGACACACACGACACGCACGAUGCUCGCGACACACACGACACACACGACACGCACGACAAGGCCGACAACUCCGACAACAGCUCGUCCGAAAGCAGCGGCGAGUGACGACACGCGACGACUUCCUAGCAAGCAUUUAUUAUGUGGUCUGUUUUCUGUUUGUUAUACUGAGCUCAAUUUUAGCCGAUGAGAUUAACGUGUGUUGAAGCAAAACAACUUGAUAUUCAAUAAAAAUUAAAUUGGGACUUUUGUUUCUGAAAGGGUUGAUUUCACAAAGUAAAUAUUUACAAAAAGAUGGUUUCACGGAAAUCUUAGCUUCAGAGAAGAAAAAUAAAAUUUACGUUAUCCGCUGUCUAUGAAAUUGGCACUUAAAAUAUUUAUGCUUAACCGACUUUUCAAAAUUGGUUUUGUCAUUUCACCUGUGUUGACUACCAAAAUACACAAAAUAUAUUCAAAACUAAGCACAAUGCGUUUUUGACCUUAAGUGUUAUCGAAUAAAAGUUAUUCGAUAAUUAAAUUAGUAAUCCUACAUAUCGUAUAGUGCCUAUGUUGUAAAAAAUUACAUUUUGGUUCAAACAGACCAGACCUCGUUUUAUCUGUAAGCGCAUAAUACUUAAAUUCAUAUCCUGCUGUGUUCUAUACUUUAAGUAAUAACUCGAAUGUACUUAAUAAUACAAUAUUUUUGUUAUGUUGAAAGAAAUGUAUUUAUUUAAUAUUAAUAUGUGUAUGUAUAGUGUAACACUGCGGUGCAAUAUCUACUAAUACAUAUAUUUGUAUGUCCGUCCACUGUCCGUCGACAGCCACAAGUGUAGACUCGCUAGUAUUAUAUUAUAAGCUAUUGUUAUAAUUAAAUGUUUAUAUGAAAUGCUUCAAGUUUUAAGAAAACUUGCUAAAUUAGAUAUAAACAGAGAAAGAAUCCUACUUGUAUAAUAAACGCAAAAGUUUAUACAUAUGUAUAUCUAUACAUACGUUUGUUCCUCUUACACGCAAAAACGACUAGAUUUAUUUCUAUAAAACUUGGCGAUUAUAUACCAGAAUAACAUAUAGGCUGCUUUUUAUCUAUGUGCGGGAGAUAGUUUCCUCAGGACGUGGGUGAAACCGUGUGCCAAGCUAGUUACUCAUAUUUUCCGAACAGAAGUGUUAGGUUUGAAGCAUUUCGCCUAAACAUAUAAAUAAUAUGUGAAUUUCAUAAGCGUGACAUAUCAUAAUGAUCUGCCGUGUCACAUAUCACUUGCUCAAUAUGAAGUGGAGAUGCACGUCUCUUACGGCAUAAUUAUAAAACUAUAGUUGUUUAGAAUUAAUAAUAAUUACAUAGUAACUAUACCGAGUCCGUCCGACUGUUUGAAUACAUGUAGGUAUAGUGUGUGGGUAUUUAUAAUGUUCUUGACAAACAUUUAGGCCCAAAUCCCCAAACAACAUAAACGUCAGUUUUUCUUUAAACAACUGCGUUUGGUUUGCGAGAAUAUUGGCAAAUCAAAUAUUACCGUGAGCAGAGACGCAAAGAUGCUUAUUGUUUUGAUACUACGGUAUUUUUUCCUUGAAUCUGGAAACGGAAACCCUAAAUUAAUAAUUUAAUAUUUCUGGUAUGCACUAAAACAUAAAAUCAAUAAUUUUUAGUUUCGUCGCUAUUCUCGCAAGUCAGGGUAACUGUUUACUUUGAAACUAAGUGAACAUUCAAAAUAAGCAGUUGUUUUUAGAAAACUGACGAAUAUGUUGUCAGUGAAGUUAGGCCUUAGUCGUCAUGGCAUAUUGCGCGAGUAUGCAGUGAGAAGUUCGUUGCGAACCGCCAUUAAGUAUGGCGAGAACUAUACGAAAGUUAAACUGUUAAAUUAAGCUUUUAUUGAAAAUUGUUAAUUAUUGAGCGACAUUUGAAUUCAAUGUUUGUUGAAUGACUUUUAUGACUACAUUGGUAAGCGACAUCAAAUUAUUUUUAUAAAGUACUAGUUACGACAGUGUUAUUAAGAAUAUUAUUUUAAUAAAAUUUUCGGCUGUAAAUAGCCUGUAUUUCAUUAAUUUCGGCUGCGCACAUUUUGAAAAAUUAACUAUAUACAAAAAAAAAACUUAAUUUUCACCAUGUAUACCACUGAGAAUUUUUUAUUGUUUAUAACAUUUAGGUACUUUACAAAUUUUCUAGUUCUUACAAUGUUUUCUGUGUUUAAAUAAUGUGUGUUUCCUGUUUGUCGGCGUUAUGUCGUGAAUAAGAUAAUAAUAUAGUAGUUAAGUUCGGGGCCAAACUAUUGUAAAUGUAUUUAUUUAGUGUUAGACGCGAGUGUUGUAAAUUAUAGCGAAUGUAGGUGACUAGCUGUAACUACAUGUUCCUCUUUAUAAACUAACUUAAGUUACUUGAUUUUCUUUGUAAAAAGACGACGUUUGCUGACUGCACAAAAGAAUAUUGUCUCAGAAAUUGUCUGAAAUAUUUUUAAGAUAACUUUCUUUUGGGAAAUGGAAAGGAUUCGUGAAAUUGUUUUUUCAAGCGCAUUCAUUACACGGCAUAAGUAUUGUAUGUUGCAUUUAUUUAGUGUCUUCAGCGAACGCAAAAUCUAAAGUUUUUAACAAUAUUCAAUGAAAGGAAAAAUAUGUAUUGUUGGAGAAAAAAAUAUGCUCAUUUUUAUUAUUGAAUUCUCUGCUUAAUUUAUUUUAUAUACCAACUUAUUUACGAAAUAGAAAAAGAUAGGGUUGCCCAGUAUGGCAACAUUGCGGGUUUCCGAGUGUGGCAGGGCAGCACUGCGGGAUUGUAAUUUGUACGUGGAAUGGUGGCGAGGUGACUGUUCGUAGUAAGAGUAUUAUUUGUUUGUUUUAGUUAAAGUUUGCAGACGUGUACAGUUAAGGUAAACUAUGUAUAAGUAAUAAAUACAAAUGUUUGUUUCUC